UGUAAACAAAUAUGGCCGUCUGUGGGUGACAUGUCCACUGGUAACAUAUUGUAGUCUCAUCCUUACACUACCUCCAAAGGUCACGGAUUUAAGGUAUAAAGAGAAGAUAAAGGAGAUAACAUGCCUCCCAAACGUAACCUGACGGAGGAGGACCUGGACGACGCAGACGAUGACGAAGUUGAAAAGUUGAUAAGUAAAGAUGAAGAUGUGGCAGAAGAUGAAGAAGAUUUCUUUCUUAAAGGACCUUCCAGCAAAAAGACCGUACGAUUUGCUUCCGAUAAAUUAAAGGAUGUACGGGUGCAGAUUGCCGAGGUGACCGACGUGAUGCGGGACAACGUGGGAAGGUUACUGGAGAGAGGGGAUCAACUGGACAACCUACAAGACAGAUCGGAGGGUCUAGCCACCACCUCUGACCAGUUCCGUACCUCUGCCACACGCCUCAGACGCAACAUGUGGUGGCAGAACACGCGCGCCAAGAUGUGCAUCGGUGGCGUCGUAACUGUCGUCCUGCUCGUGAUAUUCGUUCCGGUGAUAAUCAAAAUGAAUUCUUAGGCAUCCAGCUCGUCGAGAGUAUCUAAAGAUUGUAAGAAAAUCCUAGUCUCUGGUACCACAGAAUAAUCUUUUAAGAGCAAAAAAUUUAAUUUUAUUACAUACAUUUAAUUCUAAUAGAUAGGAUGGUGUGUCUGCCAUAUGAGAAGUUAUGAUAUUGUAAAGUUUUAAAUUAUCAAAUAUAACUUUUAUCUUAUUGUUGGUGUGAUAUCUUGUGUCACAGCAUUACUUAAUGCUCCUACACAUGUUGUCAAUAUGAAGGCAGGCUUACCACAGACCAUCAACCAGAAGCAAACUUAUCAAAGGCAGUCUACCAAAAGUCUUAUCAAAUGCAGUUUAUCAAAGAGAAUCAAUCCACCAACUUUAUUGUUUUGUCUCUUAUCUCUGUUCUGUUUCAUCCAUUUCUGUUUCACCAGAAGGGGACUACAGCUUCACUGGGUUUCAUUGCUAAAUCAAUUUCAGGAAAACUUCACCAUUGUUUCUUGAGCAUUGCUGAUUGAGGCUGUUGUAUGGACGCUUGAUAAGAUACAGUGACCAUUUUAUCUGAGGAGAAUACAGUAUAUAGAGUAUUUAAGUCUGGUUGAUGCAGUGGUCUGUGCAUGUAGAAUUAUACUGUUCAUUACGUGUAAACUGUCGAGAUGUAACGACUGUUUUGUUUGGAAAAGAUAUUGGAAAGAAAUGAGUUGAAGAUUAGACACCCCAGCUUAUUGUACCAUAUAAUUAGACACCCCAGCUUAUUAUAC